AUGCCUACCCUUUCCGUAUUCUUGGAUGUUCCUUUUGCCCCGAAGACAGUGGGAAAAUUGCUGGAUGACUUUCAACAAGAUGAGAACCCCAACAAGGUGUACCUGGCCUAUGGAGUUUGCAUGACAGGAAAUGGGAUUCCCUGGCUUUCACCUGUGGUACCCAAGACCCUGAUGAAGCUUGCCCAUGAUCCUUCCCUCAGCCACGAAUACCUUCCUGGGUAUGGCUUGGAUUCAUUCAUCCGUGUGACCACAGAGCUACUUGUUGGCCGACAUAGCCCAGCUAUUGUGGACAACAGGGUAGGGGGUGUGCAAACUAUUGGUGGGAGUGGUGCCAUUCAUCUUGGGGCAAAGUUCCUCAGGGAUUGGCAUCGGGGUCCCAAAGUGGUGUAUAUGCAGCCAUCGCAAAAGGACCAACAUGGAUUCAUCUUCCUUGAACUGGGCUAUACUGUUCGUGAGUACACCUUCUGGGAUCCUUAUCGGCUGGUUUCAGACACAGGCAAGCUUUUUGAUGUAGUGGAGCGUGCCCCCGAAAGAAGCAUUCUUGUGCUAUACAAACCUGGAAGUUUCAUACUGCCCCGAAAAAAAUGGGCAAAGUUGGCUAAAAUUAUGAAGAGAAAACAGAUUUUCCUCUUCUUCGAUGUGCCGGAUCAGGGCUUUGUCAGUGGCGACCCAGAUCGGGACAACAAGAUCUUACGCUAUUUUGUGUGUCAAGGCUUUGAGUUCUUCUGCAGCCAGUCUUUUUCCCAUUCUUUUGGCCUUUAUGAUGAGCGUAUAGGCAACUUGGUCGUUGUGGCAAUGAGCAACAAGGCCUUACUGUGUAUUCGCUCCCAGCUGGACAUCUAUGCCCGGUAUAUGUGGAACAGCCCUCCUGCAUUGGGGUCAAGAGUGAUCACCACCAUUCUCAGCAACCCUGCCCUGAGAGUAGAGUGGAAGAAAAGUCUGAGAGGGGUCGUAGAGAAUAUCAUGUUAACUAGGGAGAAAGUGAAGGAGAAGCUCCGACUCCUGGGCACACCAGGCUCCUGGGAACAUAUCACAGAACAAGAUGGGAUGCACAGCUUCCUUGGCAUCAGUGCUGAUCAGGUGGACUACCUGGUCACAAAGAAGCAUGUCUACAUCCCCAAGAGUGGACAGAUCAACCUCACCUGUAUCAACAGUCAAAACAUCGACUACAUUGCCCAAAGCAUCAAUGAGGCCAUCCUUGCAAUAGGUCCAGGUCCACAGCCCAGGGAGCCUCCACCUCAGGAUUCGUUGGUGCCCGAGGAUAAAGAGCCCGUGCAAAAGACCAAGGUUUCAGGAUUGGCUGCUUUAUUACGGAAUAAAAAGUAG